AUGAUACUGCUCAUCUUUUUAGUCUGUACAACACAUCCAACUCUGAUUUAUUAGUAUGAUGCAUAUUCUAACAUCAUAGAUGGUAUUUAUUUUAACGUUAAAUUUAUAUUUUAGGAUGGGAAGAUGAAACUCACGUUUGUAGUUUCGAAACUUGUGGACAGAUUCAUUUUUUUGGGACAUCUUUUAAUGAUGAGAUUAAAAUUAGCAGAAUAUUUUUAAAUUUAGAACCUCAUUCUCAUAUUAAAGUGGAAGCUGAAUUUCUUAAGUAAUUAUUUAUUUAUAAUAAAAAAAGUAUUGAUGACACUUACAUAUCUAAUUUUAUGAUAGAUGAAGAAUUAACAUAAUAUGAGUCAAAAAUGUUAUUUUAAAUCUGUGGUGACGAGAAUCCCGAAUAUUUAUAAACUAUAUCUAUAGUUAGGUUACAUAAUAGAAGAUCUGUUUGGAUAUAUAUUCAAACCUAUUAUGGAGGAUUAAUAUCAUUCCGAUUAAGUAUCCUUAAAUGUUCGGAUUUAUGUGUUGGAUGCAUAGAUAAUUAUCAUAAAUUUUGUUAAUCAUGGAAACUACAUCAAUAUUCAUUUAAUUAGAAAUCAAUCACAAAUUAUGACGGAUGGACUCUUAUUUCAGUAUUAAAUUAAAAUAUUAACCUUUUCAAUUGUGGAGACUGUUAAUUUAUAAUAUUUUAGGAAAUUAAUUUUUUUACUAAAUUACCUCCUCAUGAAGAUGUAUUAAUAAGAUUCUUUAAAUUAUUUACUAAUCCUAUAAUUAUAGACUAUUUGGAAAGUUAAUAAACAAUAAGUUUUGAAAAUUAAAUAGAAAUAUUAUUAAGAAAUCAUCAUAAUCCAAUAUUAUAAUUGAAUAUUAAAACCUAAUCCAAUUCAGAUUUUGGUUUUAUCAGAGAUUUUGAAUUGUAUUAUACUCAACCAGAGCUAAUGUUUAAUAAUUUAAAUGAAGGUUGUUUAGAGUAAUUUUAAGAUAAAUGUUUGAAUUGCCAGGAAGGUUGGAUUUUAGAUGAAUUUCAAGAAAAUUGCCAUCCAAUUUGUGGGGAUGGUAUUAUACAUGGCUAAGAAUAAUGCGAUUAUGGUAAUUUAAUAUCUAAAUAUUCUUGCCAUUUAUGCAAAUAUUCAUGUAUAGACUUUUGUAAAAUCUGUUAAUUUGGAAUUUGUUUACAAUGUUAGGAUGGAUUUAUUAUUAAUGGUAAUUUUAUUUGUGAUCCUUUAUGUGGGGAUGGUAAUUUAAUUCCUUAUUCAACCGAAUAAUGUGAAAUAUCAGUUAAUGGAGUUAAUGGGGUAUAGGAUGGUUGUUUAGAUUGUAAAUUUAUCUCAAUUGAAAAUUGUAAAACUAAUCACUUUUCAAUUUGUUUAGAAUGUGAAGUAGGAUUUGAUAUUUUAGAAAGCAUAUGUUUCCCUCAUUGUGGAGAUAAAUUGAUUCUCAAAUAAUAUGAAGAUUGUGAUGAUGGUAAUUUAUAACCUUAUGAUGGUUGUUUUGAAUGUAAAUUUCAGUGUAUUGAAGAUUGUAAAACGUGUGAAAAAGGAUAAUGCAUUUAAAUAUGCGAAGAUGGAUAUGAGUAUGUUAAUAAUAGUUGCCUCUCUGUUUGCGGUGAUCAAAUUGUCACAAAAGAAGAAGAUUGUGAUGAUGGUAAUUUGCAACCUUGGGAUGGUUGUUUUCUUUGCAAGUAUUCUUGUCCACAAUAUUGUUAUGAUUGCUAUUAAGGUAUUUGUCUAGAAUGUUAUUAUCAAUACUAAUUACUUAAUUCAAAUCAAUGUAAGUAACAAUUAAAUUGUGGAGAUGGAUAUUUAUAAGAAUAGGAGGAAUGUGAUGAUGGAAAUUAUGAAGCACUGGAUGGAUGCAAAGAUUGUUUAAUUGAGUUAAAUUGGAUAUGCAUUACAAUAAUAAAAGAUUCCCCUAGUUAAUGCACAUUUGUCAAAGCUCCUAAUUUAAUUAUUAAUUAUCUCAAUAUAACUUAAAAUAAAUAGUAUAUAAGCAUUUAAUUUAAUUAAGGAGUAAAAAUAAACACAACUUAACUAUUAUCAAAAACAAUAAAUUAUGUAUUGGAAAAUAUUAGCUAAAAGAACUGGAAAGGUAGUCUAUUUAUAAUAUAGGAUGUUGGGUCAGAUGUGAAUUUUGGAGAAUAUAUUAUUUCAAUAGAAGUAAAUUAAUUACUAGAAUUUAGACCAAUCUUGAAAAUUUAACUAAACCAGAUGGUUACUAAUAUAGAAAAUGCUGUUUUAUAGGAUGGUGA